AUGCCUGCCUCUGCCCGUAUCCCACCUAUUGCCCUGCCGUUCGUCAGCGAACAGGCCAAGCGAACCCUCGACCUGGUCGAGGAAUUCGUCGAGAAGGAGUGUAUCCCCGCCGACUCCGUCUUCCAGGCCCAGCUCGGCGAAGGCGAGAAGCGAUGGACCACUACCCCUGACGUCCUGGAGGGUCUGAAGGCCAAGGCCAAGAAGCUCGGUCUAUGGAACAUGUUCCUGCCUAAGAAUCACUUCACCCAGGGUGCCGGGUUCUCUAACUUGGAGUAUGGAUUGAUGGCUGAGUUGCUCGGUAAGAGCAAGGUUGCUUCCGAGGCGACCAACAACGCCGCCCCUGACACUGGCAACAUGGAAGUGUUCGCCAAGUACGGUAACGAGGCACAAAAGAAGCAGUGGCUCGAGCCCCUGCUGGAGGGCAAGAUCCGCUCCGCCUUCCUGAUGACCGAACCCGAUGUCGCCUCCAGCGAUGCCACAAACAUCUCUCUGGAGAUCCGCCGCGACGGCAACGAAUACGUCCUCAACGGCUCGAAAUGGUGGUCCUCCGGUGCCGGUGACCCCCGCUGCAAGAUCUACCUAGUAAUGGGCAAGACCGAUCCCACCAACCCAGACACCUACAAGCAGCAAUCCGUCAUCCUCGUUCCCGCCGGCACACCCGGUGUAACCAUCCACCGCAUGCUAACCGUCUACGGCUACGACGACGCACCCCACGGCCACGGGCACAUCACCUUCAAGAACGUGCGCGUCCCCGCCUCCAACAUGGUGCUCGGCGAAGGCCGCGGAUUCGAAAUCAUCCAAGGCCGUCUCGGCCCCGGCCGCAUCCACCACGCCAUGCGCGCCAUCGGCGCCGCCGAGCGAGCCCUGGAAUGGCUGAUCGCCCGCGUCAACGACGAGCGCAAGAAGACCUUCGGCCAGCCGCUCGUUUCGCACGGCGUUAUUCUAGAGUGGAUUGCCAAGUCGCGGAUUGAAGUCGAUGCUGCCCGGUUCGUUGUUUUGAAUGCUGCUAUCAAGAUCGAUCAGGGGAAUGCCAAGAGUGCGCUCAAGGAGAUUGCCCAGGCGAAGGUUCUCGUCCCGCAGACUGCUUUGACGAUUAUUGAUCGUGCUAUUCAGGCGUAUGGUGCGGCGGGUGUUUGUCAGGAUACCCCGUUGGCGUAUCUGUGGGCUGGUAUUCGUACGCUGAGAAUUGCUGAUGGGCCCGAUGAGGUGCAUUUGCAGCAGCUGGGCAAGAGGGAGAAUAAGUCGCGGAAGGAUGAGAUUAUUGCUAAGUUGAAUUGGCAGCAGGGUGAGGCGGAUCGGUUGCUUGCUGCUUCUGGGUUUAAGCCUAAGAGUCACCUUUGA